AUGGCUUAGCGCGCGCCAGCCCUGGGCUAACUCAAAAUUCUUGCAUUUGCCAGCACUGGAGCUCGUUGUCAUUAAAAUUCAGCUGCAACUAUCCGGAGCUAAUUAAAUCCGAAAGCAUUUGACGAGGCGUAGUUCAUGUUAGAACCCAGAAGCGAGCAGUAGACGCCUUCAGUGGCGGCUCAGUGGAACGUGGAACUUAAGUAAUAGUCAAAGAGACUCAAAGUACAAAAAAAAAAAAAAAGUGAAUAUCAAUUAGUCUCACCUGUGUUGACCUGUGUGAAACGAAAAAAAAAAAGAACAACAACAACAACAACAACAGCAAAGUAAAGCAACAAUAAUAUCAAAUACUAUAGAAAAACUUACAAAAUGGAGAUCAUUAUACGGCUUUUCGGGCUUAUACUAUCCUAUCUGGCACUGCUGCUGAAUCGAAUUUUGGAAUAUGUGAUUAGUCGCCAGCAGCCCGACUUCCCGCCCAUCAGGCAUCCCCUGCUGCUGAGGCCCGUUCUGGAACUGGUGACGGCACUGCGACGAGGCCAGCUCACCUCACAGCAACUGGUCGAGGUGUAUAUUGAGCGCGUGCGUGAGGUCAAUCCCUCGUUGAAUGCGGUCGUCGAGGAUCGGUUCGAGGAGGCGCUGCUCGAGGCCAAGCAUGCGGACAGAUUGAUAGCGGAGGCAUCGCUGGACUAUGAUCGCGUUGCGCUCUUCACGCGCUACCCGCUCUUGGGCAUACCCUUCACGGUGAAGGAAUCGUGCGGGGUGAAGGGUCUCUCCUAUGCCGUGGGCAGCGUGAUACGCAAGGGCAUGAAGGCGCCCAGGGACGGGGAAGUCGUGGAGCUGGUGCGCGCCGCUGGCGCCAUUCCGCUCCUGGUCUCGGCCACGCCCGAGUUCUGCAUGAGCUUCGAGACGAACACGGUGGCCAAUGGUCGCUGCCGCAAUCCCUACGAUCUGACACGCAGCUCCGGCGGCUCGUCCGGCGGCGAGGGCGCAUUGAAUGGCGCCGGCGCCUCCCUGUUUGGCAUUGGCUCCGACAUUGCCGGCUCCAUCCGGCUGCCGGCCAUGUUCUGCGGCGUCUUCGGCCACAAGCCGACGGGCGGACUCACCUCGAUAAGGGGCCACUUCCCCAGCUCGCUGAUCGACGAGAACUUGACCACUUACCUGCAAUUGGGGCCCAUCACACGCUUCGCACGCGACCUGCCGCUGCUGCUCGAGAUCAUGGCCGGCGACAACAAACACAAACUGAAGAUGAAUGAGCCGGUGCCGCUCAACGAACUCAAAAUCUACUACUCGUAUGGAUAUCCGGGACUAAACGGCUUAACCCAUCCGUAUGUGGCCGAUGACAUCAAAUUAGCCAUGGUGCGCGCUCUCACAUGCUUAGGCAAGGCGGGCAUUAAGUCCAAACAGCUCGAUCUCAGUUUUCUGGACAACAUUUUUGAGCUGGUGAUUGUGGCGCUGAUCGAUCUGAAGGGCCUGCCCAGCAUUAUCACUCAGCAGGCCGAUCGUCCGCCCAACAUGAAACUCGUGGUCUUGGAGAUGUUCAACAGCAUCAUUGGCCAUUCACUGUUCACCAAGGAGGCGCUGUUUCUGGAGCUGAUGCAGCGGCUGAAUGGCAUGAUAUCCACGAAUAAAAUGCAACAGUACCGGGAUGAGGUAGCCAGGAUCAGAGCGUAUCUAACGGAAUUGCUGGGAGAUCGCGGAGUUCUGUUUCUGCCCACCUUUCACUCGACUGCUCUGAACUUUCAUACUUCCUUGUUCAAUAUCACGGGCAUCGAUAGUCUGCUGUUGUUCAAUGUGUUGGGCUUCCCGGCCACACACAUCCCCAUGGGCCUGAGUCUGCGUGGCAUGCCCGUCGGGUUUCAGGUGAUAGCGGCGCCUUAUCAGGACAAACUUUGCCUGCAGAUCGCCGCCGAAAUGGAGGCAGCUUUCCUUGGCUGGACGCCGCCGGUGCUGCAUCAGAUUGCCGUUCCGGACACCCCAGUGCUCAAUUUCUAGACAAAUAGCAGUAAUGGUUAGUUAAGGUUACGGUUCAGUUGAUAUUCGCAAUAAAAACAAAAAGAGUUUUAUUCAAAUAAUAA